AUGGCAUGUUGCUUCGGCAGCGCAGCAUGUUCUCUGUGUUGUGCAGCAUGUCCAACAGCUCGGAAUUCGACCACUACUCGCAUCAUGUACGCCAUAAUGUUGUUUGUGGGUACCUUCGUUGCAUGCAUCAUGCUGGCACCUGGAAUACAACAAAAACUCGCAGCUAAUGUGUGCUGCGAUGGCUUCGUUCUUCUUCAUUUUCAUGGUAUUGAUGUUCGGGGUCAAAAGUUCUAA